AUGAGCACUCCCGUCGAGGAGCUCGGCAACCCCCUUGGCGACUCAGCCAUGGCAGAGUCGCCCAAACAUACUCUAGCAUCCAGUGGAGUGGUGACAUGUGCAGAAGGAGGCACUCCUGCCGCCUCGGGGGACAAACCAAAAGGCAAGAAGAGGGUUGGCUUCACCGGUGGAGAGGAAGUAGAUCCGUCAGGGAAACGAUCAAGCUUUGUUGAGUAUCAAGGAGACGGUCCUUAUUCGCCCUUCGACCUCAGUCCGAACUACGGCUCACCUGCCGGCAGUGGCAACAACACACCCUCUGGGCAUCGCAGACAAAGUAGUGGCGAUCAGCUCCUGCCGUCGGAAAACGACAAGUCGCAUCUUCCACGACUAUCGGAGCAGAAGACUGAACAGCUAUAUGAAGCCAUCAGCCGAAACCUUGAUAUACCGCGGCCUAGACCCGCCAUCCGCAGAGGCAAUUCCAUCAGGCCUGAAGAGCCAGCGAUCGAGCUCGAAAGUCCCGAAAACGACGAACGCCACAGGCAAAGACAGCAGAGCGCCAGGAAAGCCUUCGAGCGUGGCAAAGAUGUCGAGCGUGCAGCACAAUCAUAUUCCAACCCGGCUUCCAGGCGCAGCUCUCCCGAUGGAAGGAUACCAAGCAUUACGGCCGGCGACAUUCCAUUGCAAGAUCUUAAUGGCCGGGAGUCGGAAGAUGAGCCAACAGACCUGCCACCACAUCAAAGGCUGCGCAAGGCGUCCACUGCAGAGGCUUUCAACCUCGUCAGAAGACACACCGUUGCAAGAGAUGCAUUCAAGCAAUUACCCAGUGAGCCGCCAUCGGGUCAGCGGUCUGGCGCCGCGACGCCUACAGACGACCAACAGUUCAUGGAAGAUUACAAACCUCGUCCAGACCAAUACCGCGGCGGUAUCCUAGGAUCAUUGCUGAAACUAUAUGGUGAUCCCAACAGUAGUACCACUCGCAAAGGCAGCUCAAGACGCUCGAGCGGCGACUUGUCCGCAAUGUCAAGUCCUGCCCACUCGCCGCCGGAAUCAGGGGCCACAACGCCAACAUACAAUCGUCGCUGGUACUCACACAAGAAAGAUGGCAAUCAGUCCACAUCAUCGCUUGCGACUUUGGUGGGCACAUCUUCCUCAUUCGGAUCACCAGCAGUGUCGAAUCGUGAUCUGGGUGAAGAGGUCAGCAAGAGACUGAGAGAACAGCAGCAGAAGCGACCAGGUAUUGGUAAAAGGACAAGCAGUGGAGGCGUGCUGAACAGACUCAGCCGACCUAGACUCCAAGAAGAGUACCGCAUCACGGCGCACAUUGCUGGAACGAUUGCUCGGCAGAAAUACCUCAAGAGGCUGUGUAGAGCCUUGAUGCAAUAUGGCGCUCCAACACAUCGACUUGAAGAGUACAUGACGAUGAGUGCCCGGGUUCUGGAGAUCGAGGCUCAAUUCCUGUAUAUCCCUGGAGCAAUGAUCAUGUCUUUCGAAGACCGGGAGACGCACACGAGUGAGGUCAAACUGGUCAAGGUCGCCCAGGGCCUAGACUUGGGCAAGCUAAGAGACGUUCAUGAAGUCUACAAGGAAGUGGUGCAUGACAAGCUUGGGGUGGAGCAGGCACACGGCCGCCUUAAGGAAGUCAGCAAUCGGGAACCUAAACAUAACCGCUUUGUCAGGAUACCCGUUUAUGGUCUCGCAGCAGUUUGUGUAGGCCCGUUCGCUUUUGGCGCGAGACUCAUCGAUCUGCCUAUCGCCUUCUUUUUGGGAUGUAUUCUCGGCUUCCUACAGCUGUACGUCGCUCCAGCGUCGGAUCUCUACGCCAAUGUCUUCGAGAUCUCGGCAGCGGUCAUCACGAGUUUCCUAGCACGAGCCUUUGGCAGCAUAAGGGGAGGCGACCUAUUCUGCUUCUCAGCGCUCGCCCAGUCAUCUAUUGCGCUCAUCCUUCCCGGCUACACCGUCCUCUGCGCGUCUUUGGAGCUGCAAUCCCGCUCAAUAGUAGCCGGUAGUGUCCGUAUGGUGUACGCCAUCAUCUAUUCACUCUUCCUAGGCUUUGGCAUCACGAUUGGAACUGCAAUCUACGGGAUCAUGGACAAGAAUGCCACCAGCGAGACCACCUGCAGGAACCAGGUCCCCGAAUACUGGUUUUUCUUCUUUGUUCCAGGAUUUACUAUGUGCCUGAUCAUCAUAAACCAGGCCAAGUGGAAGCAAGCUCCUGUCAUGAUGAUUAUAGCCUUCGCCGGCUACGUCGUAAACUACUUUUCCGCCCGCCGCUUUUCCGGCAAUACACAAGUCAGCAACACUCUAGGUGCGCUUGCCAUUGGCGUUCUCGCGAACCUAUACAGCCGCAUCGGUGGCAGACUCGAGAAUCGCGGCUGGGAUCUCUGGGAGGAGAGACUCCGACCUCGCUGGAAGUCUUUCAGGAAGAGGAUCUUCGGCCACCAGAGUAAGAGGAAGUCGCCGAAAAUCAUGGAAGAAGGAAAAGUUAUGGGCGACAACGAAUCCAUUCAUUCAAACUUCCAGCCUAAUGCGAGACGAGUCGGCUAUGGCCUCGCAGCUGCCGCUAUGUUGCCAGCAAUCUUCGUGCAAGUGCCAUCUGGUCUUGCUGUCAACGGGUCAUUGGUGGCGGGGAUUGCGAGUGCGAACCAGAUCACUUCGGGCGGGACGAAUGGGACUACAGUCGUGAACACAACGUCUAUUGCUACAGCGGCCCAAGGGCUCAACAGUAUUGCUUUCACAGUGGGUUAUUCUGUUGUACAGGUGGCGAUUGGGAUCACGGUUGGAUUGUUCCUCUCAGCAAUCGUUGUGUAUCCUUUCGGAAAGAGGAGGUCAGGCCUGUUCAGCUUCUAG